AACCAAUCCAUUUUUUUAUCAAUACCUUGAACUACAUUUGAAGAUGCAAGCUUUGCAAUAUAGACAUGUAGAUCCAAUGACAACACAUCUCUCAGAACUACUUGCUGGCCGUAUGUUCAGUCGAAUGUCACCAUGCUAGGCUACAACUCAACUCAAGGGAGAAGCAAAAUUGGGCCUAUGGUGCAAGUAUUUCACUAUAAAUAGAACCAGAUUUUCUGAAAAUUUUAAAAGGGUAUCGAAAUAAAGAAGGCAGAACACAGAGGCAGAUACAAGAACAUAAUGAUUUAUCGCAGUGUGUUGACUGUAUAGGACUCGUAGAUACUAAACGGUCCUGCUGGAAACUUUUCUAGUUCGAGUUGUGCCUUGAUGCUUUACGUUGCUAUUCUUAGUUGAACCAUGAUUCAUCGACCAAAGGCAAAGGCAAGAAACAGUUACGAAUCUCGCUCGAAACCGAAGCUUAAUAGAUUUGAUGACUUUACCUCGAUAUCGCUCUUUUUUCUCUGAACUCGUUCAAAUUACCAAACAGAAAAACCUUUCGAGAGGCCGUGCAGUACACGCUCGAAUAAUACGAAGCGGCGGCUCAUCUUCUUGCGUAUCUUCCAACAGCCUUAUUAACUUCUACGCCAAAUGCGGGGACUUGUCCAAAGCCAAAUGUGUUUUUGAAAAUAUACAACACAAAGAUGUUGUCUCAUGGAACUGCCUUAUCAAUGGCUACUCUCAACAAGGCCCGACGAUAUCCUCCUUUGUCAUGGAAUUCUUUCAGCGAAUGCGGGCAGAGAAUUAUUUGCCUAAUGCCCACACAUUCGCCGGCGUUUUCACUGCCGCGUCAAAUUUGUCGGAUGUUUUUAGUGGGCAGCAAGCUCAUUCGCUUGUGAUUAAAACCGACAGCUUUGAUGAUGUCUUUGUUGGGAGUUCUCUUCUUAACAUGUACAGCAAAUCUGGUGUUUUGGCCGAGGCUCGUAAGGUGUUUGAUGAAAUGCCGAAGAAGAAUUCAGUUUCUUGGGCUACCAUGAUUUCUGGGUAUGCAAUGCAGAGGUCUGCUGUGGAUGCUUUUGAGCUUUUCGAAUUGAUGCGUCAAGAAGAGGAGAAACAGAACGAGUAUGCGAUGUCUAGCGUCCUUAGUGCAUUGGCGGAUCCUGAGUUUCUUAACACUGGUAAGCAAAUACAUUGCUUCACGGUUAAAAAUGGGCUGUUAGUGUUUUCAUCUGUUGGGAAUGCUCUUGUUACGAUGUAUGCGAAAUGUGGGAGCUUGGAUGAUGCACUUAAGACAUUUAAAUUAUCAGGUAAUAAGAAUUCAAUUACAUGGUCGGCAAUGAUCACUGGUUAUGCACAAAGCGGGGACUCGUUAAAGGCUCUUAAGUUGUUCUCGAGUAUGCAUUUUGCUGGGAUCAUGCCUAGCGAGUUCACUCUUGUUGGGGUUCUUAAUGCUUGUAGUGAUAUGGGUGCUGUUGAAGAAGGAAAGCAAGUGCAUGGUUACUUGUUGAAAUUGGGAUAUGAAUUGCAAGUAUACAUAAUGACAGCUUUGGUUGAUAUGUAUGCAAAAUGUGGUAGUACAUUGGCUGCUCGGAAGGGGUUUGAUUAUAUACAAGAACCUGACAUGGUUUUGUGGACUUCCAUGAUUGGAGGAUAUGUGCAAAAUGGGGAGAAUGAAGCGAUGAUUUUUAUGGUAGAAUGCAAUGAGGGGAUUGUGCCUAAUGAGCUUACAAUGGCCAGUAUCCUGAAAGCUUGUUCAUGUCUUGCUGCUGGGAGCAAAAAGCAAAUCCAUGCCUGUACUGUUAAGCAUGGAUUCGGUCUGGAAGUUCCAAUUGGAAGUGCCCUUUCAACCAUGUAUGCCAAGUGUGGGAAUCUGGAAGAUGGGAACCUUGUCUUUAGGAGGAUGCCACGGAGAGAUGUAGUGUCAUGGAAUUCAAUGAUAUCGGGACUUGCUCAGAAUGGUCAUGGUAAUGAAGCUCUUGAACUUUUUGAGGAGAUGCUGUCCGAAGGCACAGAGCCAGACUAUGUGACAUUUGUCAACAUGCUUUCAGCUUGUAGCCACAUUGGAUUGGUAGAGAGAGGUUGGGCUUAUUUCAACAUAUCUGAUAAAUUUGGAAUUGUUCCAAGAGUAGAGCACCAUGCUUGCAUGGUUGAUAUGCUGGGCCUCAGACUUGAGCUAGGAUAGCUAACUAUGAGAGCUAAGGAAUUCUAUGAUUAUCGCUACAGAUGUCAGUGCAUGUACUUAUGGCGUAUCCUAUUAAGUGCUUGUCGGAACUUCCGAAACUAUGAAUUGGGAGCAUAUGCUGGAGAGAAACUGAUGGAGUUGGGCUCUCAAGAAUCAUCUGCUUAUGUCUUAUUGUCAAGUAUCUAUGCUGCCCUGGGCAGGUUGGAAGAUGUGGAGAGGGUCAGGAGGAUGAUGAAACCAGAGGUGAAUAAGACUGUUGUAUGGAUCGAACUUAAAGGUGGCGCGUCAUUGUUUGUUGUUGGAGACCAGAUGCAUCCAGAUAUAAAAACGAUACGUGAAGAGGCAAUAAGCAAACAAAUGAAAGAUGAAGGCUACCAGCCUUCUUCUGAGUCAGUUUCUCCAACUUCUUAUAGCGAGGAGGAACUAAUUGCUGCUUGUAUGUGAUAAUUCAUUCCAUUCUUUGGUCAGUCCUUGUCGACAUAAUUUCUACAUAGUGACAUAAUAACAUUCGGAUUUAUAUCUUUA